GGAAGUUCCGAAGUUUUGUUUUGGUGAGUUUACUGUCUUUGAAAUCACCAAUUUUUGCCCAAAAUUGAAACAUUGAGCUCCAUUCUCAUUCUCCCUAAACCCCUCUCACACCACUGCCUUCAACUCCGAAUCAAUGGCGCGAGCCAGGCAUCCACCCCGAAGAAAGUCCAAUCGCACGCCAUCAGGUUCUGGAGCUGCACAGUCUUCCCCAACUGCCCCUUCGACGCCACUUAAUGGGAGAACGCAAAAUGUCAGGCAAGCUCAAAACUCAUCGUCAAGAACAAUAAAGAAAAAAAAACGCUUCAGACCAGGGACAGUGGCAUUAAAAGAAAUUCGGAAUCUCCAGAAAUCAUGGAAUCUGCUAAUUCCAGCUAGCUGUUUCAUUCGAGCAGUGAAAGAAGUAAGCAACCAGUUGGCUCCACAGAUUACGCGUUGGCAAGCUGAAGCUUUAGUAGCUCUUCAGGAAGCAGCAGAAGAUUUUUUGGUUCACCUAUUUGAAGAUACCAUGCUGUGUGCUAUUCAUGCCAAACGUGUAACUAUCAUGAAAAAGGAUUUUGAACUGGCACGUCGGUUAGGAGGGAAAGGGAGGCCAUGGUGAGAAGAGAUGUUCGUUAGAAAGAGUAGCCGAUUUAGCAACCCAAUACCUCAUUAAUCGGCAUCAUAGAAUUGCAGUUGUUGAUUGCUAGUAAAGUAGUAUAUUUGAAUGCGUAAAAAUUAGGUAGUACACAAGACCAAAAAAAUUUGUUGCCGAGAACCGUUUAUGCCACAGCCUCCAAAGUUCCAAUCCCCCAUCCAUAUCAAAUUUGACUCGAGAUACGAAGUUUAUGUUAGCUGUUUUAAAGAAGAUUGUAGGAUCGAUUCAGCUUUGAUGUGGCCAUUGAUUCUGACUCUUGCGGUGCUUUUUGUAAUCUGUAACUUUGUUGCAUUUUGUUAUUAGAAUACAACUUUCUUGUGGCAGGUCUGUCAAAAAAGAAGACACCAUUUGGUCAGCCCAAUCUCUUUACUAUUGUGUGCGUUUGUAGGGGUAACGUUCAUUUUGUCUGUCUCUUUACUAUUGUAAGUUGUAACAUUUGGUGUUCGUAUUUUUGUAAAUGAUGGUUGAUUUUUGUACUAUUAAAAUCUUUACCAUUAAGUUUCAUGUGUUAAAAAUCUUGUGAUAUCUAGGUCUAGCUUGAUUUUGUUGUAGGAAGUGUGCCGAUUUUGUUAUCUUAGUUCAAUUGUGUAUUGAUUUUUAAGGUACAAAUGUUAAAUUAGACUAGACUAUGCAAAAAUACUCCUAUACCAUGGUUUUGGUUUU